AUGGAAACCUCAUCGAUUUCGAGAAGUAUUUUAUUGUUUCUGAUUGCUGUUCAAUUAAGUUGCCAAUGCAUCCAGUGCGUCGUGACGUAUGAUGGAAAAGCCAUUGUUAUCAAUGGUCGAAGAAGAAUAUUGAUAUCUGGUUCGAUACAUUAUCCCAGAAGUACUCCUGAGAUGUGGGAAGAUAUUAUAAUGAAGGCUAAAGAAGGAGGAUUGGAUGUAAUCGAAACUUACGUGUUUUGGAACGUUCAUGAGCCUGCUCCUGGCGUUUAUGAUUUCGAAGGAAGAUACGAUUUAGUGAGGUUCUUAAAGACAGUGCAAAAUGCAGGCCUUUAUGCUCAUCUCAGAAUUGGGCCUUACGUUUGUGCUGAAUGGAAUUUUGGAGGACUCCCCGUUUGGCUCAAGUAUAUUCCUGGUAUUAGUUUCAGAACAGAUAACGAGCCAUUUAAGUGGGCAAUGAAGAGGUUCACUGAGAAAAUUGUGAAGUUGAUGAAAAGUGAAAACUUGUAUGAAUCUCAAGGAGGCCCAAUUAUACUCUCACAGAUUGAGAAUGAGUACGGGUCUCUAGACACGAGAUAUGGUGCAUUUGGACAUAACUACAUAACUUGGGCUGCAGAAAUGGCCGUUGGAUUACGUACAGGUGUCCCUUGGACCAUGUGUAAACAAGAUGAUGCUCCAGAUUCUAUUAUAAACACAUGUAAUGGUUUCUAUUGCGACGCUUUUACCCCCAACAAGCCUUACAAACCCAAAAUUUGGACAGAGGCAUGGACCGGAUGGUUUACAGAAUUUGGUGGGCCAAGUUAUAGGAGGCCUGUUCAAGAUAUCGCAUUUGCUGUUGCACGAUUCAUACAAAAGGGAGGAUCGUUUGUCAAUUACUACAUGUACCAUGGAGGUACCAACUUUGGUCGCACUGCUGGAGGUCCUUUUGUCACUACUAGUUACGAUUACGAUGCUCCCAUUGAUGAAUAUGGAUUGAUUAGACAACCGAAAUACGGGCAUUUGGCGGAGCUUCACAAAGCAAUCAAGCAAUGUGAACCGGGUUUGGUUGCUUCCGAUCCUAUUAUCGUCUCUUUAGGACCCCGUCAACAGGCACAUGUAUUCUAUUCGAAAUUAGGACACUGUUCGGCUUUUCUCUCAAACUAUGACACAAAUAAUGGUUCACGAGUAAUGUUCAAUCAGAGGCAUCAUAACCUACCAGCAUGGUCCAUCAGCAUUCUUCCUGAUUGUCUCAAUAUGGUCUUCAAUACCGCCAAAAUUGGAGUUCAAUCAACACGAUUAACGAUGUUACGUGCGAAUUCCCAAAUGUUUUCAUGGGAGACAUUUAGUGAAGAUUUAACGACUAGUGAUGUGGACUCUGCUUUCACUUCGUUUAGUCUUUUGGACCAAGUAAAUGUCACUAGAGAUUCUAGUGAUUAUCUCUGGUAUACAACCACUAUCGAUGUUGCGCCUACUGAGUCAUUCUUGUAUAACGGGGAGCAUCCGAGACUGUUGGUAGAGUCAAGCGGGCAUGCUCUUCAUGUUUUCAUAAACGGAAAACUUUCUGGUUCGAUUUUUGGAACACGUGAAGAUAGGAGAAUCAGUUACAGGGAGAAGAUCAGACUCCUUUCUGGAAGGAACAAAAUCGCGUUGCUUAGUGUAGCCAUGGGACUAUCGAAUAUCGGGGGACAUUAUGAAAGUUGGGAGACUGGAGUCCUAGGUCCGGUGGUUCUAUACGGUCUUGACCACGGGAAACUGGACUUGACCCAUACAAAAUGGUCUUACCGGAUUGGUUUGAAGGGUGAAGCCAUGAAUGUUGUCUCCACCAACCGUAUGCCUUCUUCGGUUGAAUGGGUGCAGGGUUCACUCAUCACCCAAAACAAUCAACCGCUGACGUGGCACAAGGCUUACUUCAAUGAGCCAGAUGGCGAAGAGCCAUUGGCCCUGGAUAUGAGUAGCAUGGGAAAAGGUCAAGUGUGGGUCAAUGGUCAAAGCAUUGGACGAUAUUGGACCGCUUAUGCCACUGGUAAUUGCCAACAGUGUCAUUAUACCGGAUCUUAUCGCCCUUCUAAGUGUCAAGUUGGCUGUGGUCGACCAACCCAACGAUGGUACCAUGUGCCUAGGUCAUGGUUAAAACCAACAGGCAAUCUGUUGGUGCUUUUUGAAGAACUUGGGGGCGAUCCCACAGGGAUUUUACUGGCAAAAAGAUCAAUGACAAGUGUGUGUGCUGACGUGGUCGAAUAUCACACCAACAUAAAAAAUUGGCGUAAUGAAACCUAUGGGCAAACACAAGUAUUUCAUAGUCCAAAGAUUCAUCUUCAGUGUAGUCCUGGCUUGUUAAUCUCUUCCAUUAAAUUUGCAAGCUUUGGAACUCCUGUUGGAGCGUGUGGCUCAUUCCAACAAGGAACUUGCCAUGCUCCUACAUCGUAUGAUGUCAUUAGCAAGAGGUGCAUAGGAGAAGAUAGAUGUGCAGUUGCAAUAUCAAACACCAACUUUGGUCAAGACCCGUGUCCAAACACAUUGAAACGCUUGUCAGUUGAAGCUGUUUGUACUCCAACUUCAACGGGUCAAGGUUAA